AUGGUUAAAUGUAGAUCAGAAUAUAAAAAAUUAUUACGUACAUGUAGAUUUGAAUAUGAUAAACAGAAAACGUCAAAUUUUGAAAACAAUAAACUGAAGAAUGCUCGUUUAUACUGGAAUAUGUUAAAAGAGUCUGCAGGGCUUAAACCUGCAGAAAUUCCAUUGUCGAAUUUUGAACAUUAUUUUAGAGCUGUAAAUAACCCAGCUGAUAGAUUUUUUGUUCCUGAUGAUGAUAUAUUAGAGUUUAAUAGUAGAUAUAGAGAUGAAGAAUUUAAAGUCAUGUUUCAAGAGUUAAAUGUAAUAAUUACAGAAUAUGAGAUAAAACAAGCAAUUAAUCAAUUAAAACGUAAUCGAUCUGCAGGCCCAGAUUUGCUACUUAAUGAAUUUCUUAUAUCAGGAAAAGAUGUUUUUAUUCCUUUAUUAUGUGUUUUAUUUAAUAAAAUUUUUGAAACUGGAAAUUUUCCUGAUAGAUGGUCAGAAGGAUAUGUCAUUCCGUUACAUAAGAAAGGUGGUGUUAAUGAAGUAGAAAAUUAUAGAGGUAUCACAUUGUUAAGUAGUCUUGGUAAAUUAUUUUCAAGUGUAAUUAAUACAAGGUUAAAAAAUUGGGCUGAAAAAUAUAAUGUCUACAUUGAAGCUCAGGCGUUUUUGGAUCAAAUAUGA